AUGAGCAAUACACGGCCACAGCUGGCCGGCAAAGCGUCGCAGGACACGCUGGCGUCGAUGCUGGAGCUCGAGCCCAUGCCAAUGCCCGAUUCACCGCUGCCAACACCGCCCGCUGCAGCCGACGUGGAGACCGACAAAGAGCUGCCGCCUCUAUCAAGCGAGGGAAGUGACGAUGCCGAGGCGGAUGCGGGGGCGGGCGUUUCGUCCAGCGCAAAGCAUGGCCACAGUCGUUCGGUUUCUGCGACCAUGAAGGGCACGACCGCCGCCCUCGGCCUGAGUCAAGGCCACGGUGCUGUCUACUAUUUAUCCCGUAUCCAGCGCUACUCCUCCUACGCCUUCACCAUCUUCUCGUCCGUCCACCUGGCCACCACCUCCCUCAUCCCGCUCGCCACUCGGUCCGUCCCAGCCUCCGAGUCCUACCUUCUCCUCGCUCGCGAAAUCUACCAGACCCGCCUCUCCGAGCCCCUGCUUGUCUUUCUGCCGAUUGCCGCCCAUGUCGCUGCCGGUGUCGGCUUGCGUCUCGUGCGCCGCAGCCAGAACGCGCGCCGCUACGGCCGCACCACCGCCAGCAAUUGGCCGCCCUUCAGCGUCAUCGCGGCGUCGGGGUAUGGCUUUGCCGUCGCCGUCGGCGCCCAUGUCUUCUUGAAUCGCCUGCUGCCCAUUGCGGUCCAGGGCGACAGCUCGGACAUUGGCCUCGCCUAUGUUGCCCACGGCUUUGCGCGCCACCCCGUCGUGUCCUGGCUAUCGUAUGGUGCCUUCUUGGCCGCGGCGUCGGGCCACAUGGUAUGGGGCUGGGCGCGGUGGUUGGGCAUCGCACAGCGGGCCGCGUGGUCGAGCCCGGAUCUUUUGCGGGGUGGAGACCGGGACGUGUCGGCCGGUGGUGGGGCGCGCGAGCCCAAGGCACUCCAAAAGCGGCGGCGCCGCACGUGGCUGGCCGUGCAGGGCGGCGUGCUUCUGGCAUUCUGCCUCUGGGCUUCGGGUGGCCUGGGCGUCGUUGCGCGCGGCGGACCUGUUCAGGGCUGGGUAGCAAAGGUAUACGACGAGCUCUACGCCAAGGCACUUGUAUUAUGA